ACUCGACGUCGGCGCAGCGCACCUCCUCAGUGCACUUGACAGUAGUGCGCAGUGACAGUAUUGGGAUUGUACCAGCAUGUAACUCCUGACUGUCUUCCACAGGUGUUCAGUCUGGAUUCUCAGAACGAGUCCUGGGCCAAAGGGGAGCUAGAACAACUAGCCUGGCUGACACAGUCACGACAGCGUCGUUCACCUGGAGCAAAGGAGCGGACAGCUUUAUACAGCCAUGCUAAUUGUGGGCUAGCCAGCUGUUAGCUUAGCCUUCCGGCUGGCGACAGUGAACGUGACCCAGUUCUCUUCCUGGUUCCGGACUCCGCGGUCAAGCUGGUUUGGGUCACAUGAUUGGAUGAAUAAGAUGCUCUGUUAGAAGACGACAUGAAUCGCUAACUUUCCCCGGGUCCAAUCUACUGGCAGAGCAGUCAGCCGUCCGGCCACUUCAAACUGAAGCCACGGUUCUGCCUCGGGUUCUGAUCUGGUGCUGCUGAGCUUCUGCUUUCGGAUCAAAGUAGCAGCAAGAUGGCUGCUGAUGACAAAUCUUCAUCCUCGUCAUCAACUGAGUGGAACGUGGAGCCAUGUGACACCUCACCUAAUAGCCCCUCCCACUUGACCCAUUUUAAACCGCUGACCCCAGAGCAAGAUGACCCUCCUCUCCGCUCAGCAUACAGCUCAUUCGUCAAUCUUUUUCGCUUCAGCAACAAAGAUGAGGGAAAUCCUGUGUCCACAGUUCCAGAGAAGGACGUCCCCCCUCUUACUCAUAAAUUUGAGAAAAGGAGUCAGUUUUCCAGUCCAUCCCACUCCAUCCACAGUUCGAGGAUACACCAGAAGCAGCAGCACUCUGACCACCUCAGACGCGCCUCUACUGUGUCGGAUGGCAGCAGAAAAUCAGAGGUUCCUCUGAGUAAUCAUGACCCACGCACAGCUGUGCAACUUCGUACAGCGCUGAAAAGACUUAAGGAAAUCAUGGAGGGAAAAAGCCAGGACAGUGAUCUGAAGCAGUACUGGAUGCCAGAUAGUCAGUGUAAGGAGUGCUACGACUGCAGUGAGAAGUUCACCACCUUCCGCCGUAGGCACCACUGCAGGCUGUGUGGGCAGAUCUUCUGUAGUCGUUGCUGCAGCCAGGAGAUCCCUGGACGGUUCAUGGGCUAUACAGGUGAUUUGCGAGCCUGCACCUAUUGCCGCAAACUAGCGCUGAGCUACACACACUCGGACUCUGGUUCCAUUGGUGAGGAUCUGAGCUCCUUAUCUGAAUCUCCCUGCUCUGUGUGUGUUUUGGAGCCUGUCGAUCCCCGGACCCCUGUGGGAGUCCGAAAGAGCAGCAGGAACAUCUUCCUUGAAGAAGACUUGACCUGGCAGAGCACAAUCCAUCAGGAGCCCCAGGACAGUGGACUGGCCUCCAGACUCACUGCCCUGCAGGAGGAUGUGGGGAAGUCGCCUAUGAGGAAGAGGUCUCUUAGUGUGACCAAUCUGUCAUUGGAUCGGUCUGCCUCUGCCCUGAUUCCUACAUAUGACAGCUCUGUCAGCCCGCCCACCAGCCGAUCAAUGUCAGGGACCAGGAGUGGCACCAAACUGGACCACAGCGAGGAGGAAAGGAAGAUCCUACUGGAUUCCUCCCACCUGAAGGACCUAUGGAAGAAAAUUUGCCACAACAACACAGGAAUGGAGUUCCAGGACCACAGAUAUUGGCUUAGAACCUACCCCAACUGCAUUGUGGGAAAGGAACUUGUAAACUGGCUGCUAAGGAAUGGAACAAUCUCUACCAGGGCCCAGGCUAUAGCAAUAGGCCAAGCGUUGGUAGAUGGACGCUGGUUGGACUGUGUGAGCCACCACGACCAGCUCUUCAGAGAUGAGUACGCUCUUUACCGCCCAUUACAGAGUACUGAGUUUUCUGAAACGCCAUCUCCAGAUAGUGACAGCGUCAACUCAAUUGAAGGUCAUUCAGAGCCAUCCUGGUUUAAGGACAUCAAGUUUGAUGACAGUGACACGGAGCAGCUCGCAGAGGGUUUGGACUACACUACACCCAACUCUGCCAGUCCCAGUAAGAGGACGUCUGUCAGCAGCGUCCAGUCUGUGGUGGACAGUGACUCUGCUGCCUCCAUCAACCUGAACAUGGAGCAGAACAACGUCAACUUUCACAUCAAAAAGCAGUCGAGAUAUCCUCACGUUCCUCCAGCUACAGAGCAAAGAGCAGACUUCCCUGUAUCAGAGGACGGAGGCCAGAACAUCACCAUUAGUGAUGCCUUCAUCAAAGAAUCACUGUUUAACCGCCAAGUGGAGGAGAAGGCCAAAGAGAUGCUGUUCACCCCACUGGGAUGGCACCACAGCUCCCUGGAUCAGCUGCGAGAGGAGAACGGGGAGAAGGCCGCCAUGGAGAGGCUUCUCUCAGCCAACCACAGCCACAUGAUGGCUCUGCUGCAGCAGCUGCUCUUUAGGGAGUCUUUGUCUCUGUCCUGGAGAGACAUUAUUGUCCCCGUGGUCCGGCAGGUCGUCCAGACCGUCCACCCAGACGUUCGCAACUGUGAUGAUGACAUGGACAUCCGCCAGCUGGUACACAUAAAGAAGAUUCCUGGUGGCAGAAAGUUUGACUCCAUGAUUGUUAACGGCUUUGUUUGCACCAAGAAUAUCGCCCAUAAGAAGAUGAAUGCCUACAUCAAGAACCCAAAGAUUCUGCUGCUGAAGUGCUCUAUAGAGUACCUGUACAGGGAGGAGACCAAGUUCACCUGCAUUGAGCCCAUUGUACUACAGGAGCGGGAGUUUCUUAAAAACUACGUGCAGCGCAUUGUAGACGUCCGUCCAAAUCUGGUGCUGGUGGAGAAGACGGUGUCUCGUAUAGCUCAGGACAUGCUGCUGGAGCAUGGGAUCACACUUGUCAUCAAUGUCAAACCGCAAGUAUUGGACAGAGUGAGUCGCGUCACGCAGGGGGACCUGGUGAUGUCCAUGGACCAGCUCCUCACAAAACCUCGCUUGGGAACAUGCCACAAGUUCUAUCUGCAGUCCUUCACCUUGCUGAACAAUGAAGUGAAGACUCUGAUGUUCUUUGAUGGCUGUCCUCCUCAUCUUGGAUGCUCCAUCAAGCUACGGGGUCCUUCAGAGUAUGAGCUGUCCAGGGUGAAGGAGAUCAUAAUGGUAAUGGUGUGUGUGGCCUACCACUCUCAGCUGGAGAUCUCCUUCCUCAUGGAUGAGUUUGCCAUGCCACCCAGCUCACCGCAGAGCAGCUCUUUCCUGUGUCUACUGGAUGAAGCUGCUGAAGAUGGUAUGGUGGACAAAGACACCCUGCGCAGAAGUAAGCAGAGUGAAGACUCCAUUUUAGGACAGUUAGGAGAAGUUCCUCCAUUAGAACCUUCAUCCAAAAGAGAAGAUCUGUGUGUUGACCCAGAAGAUGCUGCUAAUAUAAAGACCAGAACCUCAUCACCAUUCUCCAGCCCUGCUCCUCCUCUGGUUAUCCCCUCACUGGUCUUUAUCGAGGCUGACCAGGAGAUUGGGUCUGACACCCUGAUAAGGACUUCUGAGCCAGAUACGAGAGAAGAGGACUCAUUGGUUUUAGGGACUGAGGAGCACUCGGUGACCCCAAAGUUCUUCCGAGACCCUCUGCAGGACGAUACGGGAUUGUUUGUGGCUGAACAGGUGGACUCUUCAGACGACCGCCUGAAGUCCAUCUCUGCUAUGUUCAAACAUGAGCUGAAGGACAUCAUCUUGUGCAUCUCCCCAUUCAUCACGUUCAGGGAGCCAUUCCUACUGACGCCUGCAGGCAUGCACUGCCCCAGCAGAGACUAUUUCUCUGAGCAGGUCUACUUCUCUCCUCUCCUGAACAAGGACCUGAAGGAGCUGGAUGGGCGCAGAAAGCGCCAGCUACUCAAAGACAUGGCUCCCUCCUGUCAGGUCAACGGACAGACCAAUGGCAGCAUGCAGCUGAGGUUUACUGACCUUCUGCCCUGUCACAGUCUGACCACAACCCGCAUUGUGGAGCAACUUGGCACCAGCCAGAAUCUGACUAGGAUGCUAGCAGACUAUCGGGCUAAUGGGGGCCGAAUUCAGCAGAAAGAAAGCAGCAACCCCUUUGGCUCUGCUGGCCCUGUUGGUUUUGGAGCUGGUGGGCCGAGCCGCACACCCGACCUUCUCGUCAGACUGCCAGUGAAGACCAAUGAUGAGGAGGUGAAGAUGAGCAGACAAACAGACGUGGGCUGGACCUCUAAGCUUGACUGCUUGAACCCCAUCAACCACCAGAGGCUCUGCGUUCUCUUCAGCAGUUCAUCUCUUCAGUCCAACAAUGCACCCAACCCCUGUGUCAGUCCAUGGAUUGUCACCAUGGAGUUUUAUGGUAAGAAUGACCUCUCUCUGGGUGUGUUUCUGGAGCGCUACUGUUUCAGGUCAUCAUACCAGUGCCCCAGCAUUUUCUGUGAAACUCCCAUGGUGCACCACAUCCGCCGCUUUGUGCACAGCAGCGGCUGUGUGCAAAUCGUGUUGAAAGAGUUGGACUCCCCUGUGCCUGGGUACCAGCACACGAUACUUAACUACUCCUGGUGUCGAAUCUGCAAACAGGUGACUCCAGUGGUGCCUCUGUCUAAUGACUCUUGGUCCAUGUCUUUUGCCAAAUAUCUGGAGCUUCGAUUCUAUGGCCACCAGUACAGUAGACGGGCUAACGCAGAGCCCUGUGGACACUCCAUCCACAAGGACUAUCAUCAAUACUUCUCCUACAACCAGAUGGUGGCCUCCUUUAGCUAUACAACUGUAACAUUACUGGAGAUUUGUCUCCCUCGUCCCAAGAUCUUAAUCAGGAACCUGGGGCCUUCCAAAGCCAGCUUGCUGCAGGACCUGAAGGACUUCUUUCAGAAAGUAACUCAAGUGUACCUGGCCAUCGAUGACCGCCUCACCUCUUUGAAGACCGACACCUUCAGUAAGACUCGGGAAGAAAAGAUGGAGGACCUCUUUGCUCAAAAAGAUAUGGAAGAAGCAGAGAUGCGUAGUUGGGUAGAUAAGCUCCUGCUGCGUCUCCAGACCAGUGGAAUAGACUCUCCUCAGCAACUGCAGGUCCUCCUGGAGUCACUCGUGAUGAAAAAGCAGAGUCUCUGUGAGACUCUGCAGUCCUGGAACAGCAGACUCCAGGACCUGUUUCAGCUUGAGAAAGGCAGGAAGCGACUGUCUGUCCCUCCAAGUCCAGGGCGGCUCCGCCCCCCCACUGCGGAGGACAAGAGUUCCCUGGAUUCUUCUCCUCGUAACUCCUUACCUGUGGUCCAGAAUGGUGACAAAGAGGACCGCCACCUGUGCACACUGCCCUCAACCAUCUCCCCCCUGCUGCCAUCACCGGGAGACCCCAUAGCAGAACCAGCCACAAUUGAACAGGACUCUGUCAGUAUCCCAGAAGACGUGUUUGAUGGACACCUGCUGGGCUCCACUGAUGGCCAGGUAAAGGAGAAGUCCACUAUGAAAGCCAUCCUGGCCAACUUCCUGCCUGGCAUCAGCUACAACCCCAUCCCCUUCCCGUUUGAUCCAGAUAAACAUUAUCUGAUGUAUGAACACGAACGGGUUCCCAUCGCAGUCUGUGAGCGUGAGCCGAGCUCCAUCAUCGCCUUCGCCCUCAGCUGCAAAGAGUACAAAACAGCACCGGAUGACCUGUCCAAGACGUCCCCUUCAGCAGGAGACGAGGCUCCACAUGCAGUCAGUUGUGCGGAGAGUCGAGGGAAGAGCAGUCCUGCUAGGCCCAGCGAGUCUCUGUCAUCACAGCAGAGUCGCACUGAUGGAGAUCCUCUAAAAGAUGCAGAUUUAGCUGAAAAGCAGAAGAAGCAAACACAGAAUCCGCACAUUGAGCUGCAGUUCUCUGAUGCUAACGCUAAGUUCUACUGCCGGAUCUACUACGCUGAGGAGUUCCACAGGAUGCGAGAGGACAUCAUGGAGAGCAGCGAGGAGGACUUUGUGCGCUCGCUGUCACACUGUGUAAACUGGCAGGCUCGUGGAGGAAAGUCUGGAGCUGUGUUCUACGCCACAGAAGAUGAUCGCUUCAUCUUGAAGCAGAUGCCCAGAUUAGAAGUCCAGUCCUUCCUAGACUUUGCACCUCACUACUUUUCCUACAUCACUGGAGCUGUACAACAGAAGCGACCCACUGCACUCGCCAAGAUCCUGGGAGUUUACCGGAUCGGAUACAAGAACUCCCAGAACAACACGGAAAAGAAACUGGACCUGCUCGUCAUGGAGAAUCUCUUUUAUGGCCGCAAAAUGUCUCAGGUGUUUGAUUUAAAAGGCUCACUGAGGAACCGCAACGUGAAGACAGAAUCAGGAAAGGAGAGCUGUGAAGUGGUCCUGCUGGAUGAAAACCUUCUGAAGCUGAUUCAUGACAACCCGCUCUACAUCCGCUCCCACUGCAAAGCCAUCUUGAGAGCUGCCAUUCUCAGUGAUGCCUACUUCCUAUCCAGCCACCUGAUAAUUGACUACUCGCUGCUCGUGGGGCGGGAUGACGCCACGGAGCAGUUAGUGGUGGGGAUCAUAGAUUACAUCAGGACGUUUACGUGGGACAAGAAACUGGAGAUGGUUGUAAAGUCCACUGGAAUCCUAGGAGGUCAAGGAAAGAUGCCUACUGUGGUUUCUCCGGAGCUGUACAGAGCUCGGUUCUGUGAGGCCAUGGACAAAUACUUCCUUAUGGUCCCAGACCACUGGACUGGCCUGGGGACCAACUGCUGAGCUUGGAAACAAAAAAAAGCAUAUCAGACCCCAUUUUCUUCCAUACAUAGUGCCAUUAAUGGGCAGAGCUUCUGAAAUUUUUGUCUGGAGUUUUUGUUAAUUUUAUAUGAGUACAGACUCUGUAACUAUUAAAACAUUUACCUAGA